UGGUGAUCUGAGUCAAAUGAUCCGGUUCACUAAAAAGAACCGGAAUGCCCAUCGUUACAUCAAACACGGAUGUGACGUGUUCCGCGUGCGCGGCUCGAGCUCGCCAGAAAGCCAGAUACAGAAACGCCAUAGGUUGAUUUUCAAAAUAAUACAGCCCCGUGCAAACUGCGUCGUAAAAAUCUGAGCGCGUAAACAAAGUUUCUGCACGUCUCUGAAACGCUCCCGGUGCGGCUGAAGUCAGGACUGAUCAAAACAAGGUAGCGGGACACGUGGCAUACGCGCCCAGUGAGGCGGGCCAAGACGCACGGUACACCUGAAGACUGACAUGUUUUCAUCUGUGGAGCAGCUUUUAAUGAGGCUUCAGAAAAAUGACGAAACGGAGUUCAGAUUCACAGCACUGCUCAGCACGCGAUAACUCCUCCCCCUGCUGCCUGCUCUCAAACACAGCGAGAUCCACUCUGUCCAUGAGAGGAGAGAUGGCGCAGAAAGGAGUUCAGCUGGACCAGGAAACCUUCUCCUGUGCGAUCUGUCUGGAUCUACUGAGGGAUCCGGUGACUACUCCCUGUGGACACAGCUACUGCAUGAAGUGUAUUAAAAUGCACUGGGAUGGAGAGGAUGUGAAGAGAAUCCACAGCUGCCCUCAGUGUAGGCAGACCUUCAUACCGAGGCCUGUCCUGGUGAAAAACACCAUGUUAGCAGCUUUAGUGGAGGAACUGAAGAAGACUGGACUCCAAGCUGCUCCUGCUGAUCACUGCUAUGCUGGACCUGAAGAUGUGGCCUGUGAUGUCUGCACUGGGAGAAAACUGAAAGCUCUGAAGUCCUGUCUGGUCUGUCUGGCCUCUUACUGUGAGAAACACCUCCAGCCUCAUCAUGAUGUAGCUCCAUUAAAGAAACACAAGCUGGUGGAGCCCUCCAAGAAGCUCCAGGAGAACAUCUGCUCUCGUCAUGAUGAGGUGAUGAAGAUGUUCUGCCGUACUGAUCAGCAGUGUAUCUGUUAUCUCUGCUCUGUGGAUGAACAUAAAGGCCACGACACAGUCUCAGCUGCAGCAGAAAGGACUGAGAGGCAGAGAGAGCUCGAGGUGAGUCGACUAAACAUCCAGCAGAGAAUCCAGGACAGAGAGAAAGAUGUGAAGGAGCUCCAACAGGAGGUGGAGGCUAUCAAUGGCUCUGCUGAUAAAGCAGUGGAGGACAGUGAGAAGAUCUUCACUGAGCUGAUCCGUCUCAUGGAGAAAAGAAGGUCUGAUGUGAAGCAGCAGGUCAGAUCCCAGCAGGAAACUGAAGUGAGUCGAGUCAAAGAUCUUCAGGAGAAGCUGGAGCAGGAGAUCACUGAGCUGAAGAGGAAAGACGCUGAGCUGGAGAAGCUCUCACACACAGAGGACCACAACCAGUUUCUACACAACUACCCCUCACUGUCACGACUCAGCCAAUCUACAGACUCAUCCAGCAUCAAUAUCCGUCCUCUGAGGUACUUUGAGGAUGUGACAGCUGCUGUGUCAGAGCUCAGAGAUAAACUACAGGACGUUCUGAGGGACCAACGGACAAACAUCUCACUGACAGACACUGAAGUCCAUGUUUCACUGUCAAGACCAGAACCAGAGCCCAAGACCAGAGCUGAGUUCUUGAAAUAUUCAUGUGAACUCACACUGGAUCCAAACACAGCACACAAACAGCUGUUAUUAUCUGAGGGGAACAGAAAACUGACAAGAAUGAAUCAACAUCAGUCUUAUUCUAGUCACCCAGACAGAUUCACUUGGUGGGCUCAGGUCCUGAGUAGAGAGAGUCUGACUGGACGUUGUUACUGGGAGGUGGAGUGGAGUGGGGCAGGAGUUGGUGUAGCAGUCACAUACAAGAGUAUCAGCAGAGCAGGGAGGUUACUUGAAUGUUCAUUUGGAUCAAAUGACAAAUCUUGGAAGUUAAAUUGUCUCUUAAGCAGUUAUAACUUUUAUUACAACAAUGUCCAAACUCUCGUCUCUGGUCCUCAGUCCUCCAAAGUUGGAGUGUACCUGGAUCACAAUGCAGGUAUUCUGUCCUUCUACAGCGUCUCUGAAACCAUGACUCUCCUCCACAGAGUCCAGACCACGUUCACUCAGCCUCUCUAUGCUGGACUUCAUGUUUUUAAUUAUGAAGACACUGUUGAGUUGUGUAAACUCAGAUAGACAGAAGUCAUUUAAGGGUUAAAGUGUGUGUUUCAUUUCUUUAACUUGUUCCUGUGUGUGACUUUAGUUUCCAUGAUCAUAAUCAAUAAGGAGACGAGUCAUUCUUUUCUUGUACAUGUGAGAUUCUGCUCUGACAAACUGAGUGUGUGGAUGAAGUGAAUCUGUACAUGAACUCACUGAACAAGAGUCAUUGAACGGGCUGACUGACGGAUGUGUGAACAAACUGAUAUGAACAAAGUCUUUUCUUUGUUUCAUACAAACCAAAUCAAUAGACUGUUCAUGUGAAGAAGGAUAUAAAAACUUCUGAUUUGAUGA